UACAGUUGACUUUAACAACGCUGUUCGAAUAUAAAUAUCCCAGAGUUAUUCCCGUGGAACUUAAAGUAGUACCAGCGAUCUGUCACUGUUUUACAAAUAAUAAACACGUCGCAGUACCACUUUGGUUUUUGUGAAGGCGCAUCCAUGGCAUCAAACGAUAAUUUAACAGCUGUUUUAUACGGCAUUAAUGAUAUCAGACUGGAACAAAGGCCCAUACCAGUACCUAAAGAUGAUCAGGUUCUUUUACAAAUGGCAGUGGUCGGUAUUUGCGGAUCUGAUGUACAUUAUCUAGUACAUGGCUCAAUUGGACCAUUCGUCGUUAAGAAGCCCAUGAUUAUAGGUCAUGAGGCAUCCGGCACUGUAGUUAAAGUAGGCAAAAACGUGAAACACCUCCAACCAGGCGACCAAGUUGCCAUUGAGCCUGGUGUACCCUGUAGAUUUUGUGCUUUCUGCAAAAGUGGAGACUACCAUCUUUGCGCCGAUAUUUUCUUUUGUGCCACACCACCAGAUGAUGGCAAUCUGAGCAGAUACUAUGUGCAUGCGGCUGAUUUUUGUCACAAGCUUCCUCCAAACAUGGAUUUGGAAGAUGGCGCCCUCAUGGAACCUCUGUCCGUAGGAGUACAUGCUACAAAAAGGGGCUUCGUUACUGUAGGCGAUGUUGUGCUCAUUUUGGGAGCAGGACCUAUCGGCCUGGUCACUUUACUAUCUGCCAAAGCUAUGGGAGCUUCUAAAAUCAUUGUCACAGAUAUUUGGGAUGUGAAACUGCAGACAGCCAAGGAAUUGGGGGCUCAUCAUGUAAUUAAGAUAGAAAAAGGCAUGGAAGAAGACGCAAUUGUUGCCAAAAUUGUGGAGCUAUUAGGAGAACAGCCAAACAAAACCUUCGAUUGUUCUGGGGCAGAACAAAGUGUGAGAAUUGCUCUUAAGGUGACAAAAAGCAAAGGAAUUGUCGUAUUGAUCGGAAUGGGUCAACUUGAGCAAACUCUACCAUUAUCAAGCGCGAUUAUCCGUGAAGUUGAUAUUAGAGGUGUCUUCAGAUAUAGCAACGAUUAUCCAAUAGCUAUCGAUAUGGUGGCCUCAGGCAAGAUUAGCGUAAAGCCACUAAUCACACAUCACUUUAAAAUCGAAGAAACUGUUAAAGCAUUCGAGGUAGCUAGAACUCAAGCAGGAAAUCCCAUCAAGAUCUUGAUUCACGCCAAUCCCAACUGGAAACCCAAUAAAAAAUAAAUUAAUUUUGGAGUUCGGCGACACAAACUUUAAAUUUCUAUUUUUUUGUUAACUGUUUAAUGAAGUUUGUUUGUUAAAAUAGCGCAUAUUUCACGUUGCGUUUUAUGGCAGUGUAUCUGAUAUUAUUGAUAUACGAGCUGUUGUACAUUCCAUUUUUAUUGGAAUAAAAUAUAUACAUUAGAAACAA